CUGCAUAGCGAUCCAAUACACGAAAUUUUAGACCAAGCUGGAAGAGCUGGAAACAUACUAGAAGUCUUGGCAAGGAAAGCGGAAAGGAAAAAAAGCAAGUACAGGGGGUUCGCUAGGAGUUUUGUAAUUGGGUGCAUCCAUGAUGCAUUUCUUGAGAAAGUUCUCAAACAAAACCUCUCUCAUACGUGCUGUGGCUUUGGCUACGGCUGGGUCAGGGAUAUUUUGCUUCACCUCUUCCUCAGAUUACAAUAAGUCAGUAUUGGUUUCAAUCCCGGCAUCCUUCCGGGAUUCCUUAACGUGGGCAUGGAGAACUAUGGAAGAGAAGAACCCUUGUACUGCACUUAUUCACUCAAACAAUUCACCGUAUGGUGUUCUUCCACUGUUUUUUUCUAGACCUGAUGCUGGUCCAGAUCCCAGCAUGAGUAAAGGAUAUGGACUGGAUGCUGGAGAUAGUCCCAAACAUUCGUGCAGCUGUCUUGGCCGUGAUACAAUUGCAAAUGCAGCGGCUAAGGUUGGUCCUGCUGUUGUCAAUUUGUCAGUGCCACAAAGUUUUCAUGGUAUGACUGUGGGUAAAAGCAUUGGAUCAGGAACCAUUAUAGAUGAGGAUGGUACUAUCUUGACUUGUGCUCAUGUGGUGGUUGAUUUUCAAGGCUUGAGGUCUUCAUCUAAGGGAAAGGUUGAAGUGACUUUACAGGAUGGUCGGUCAUUUGAGGGCACAGUGGUGAAUGCUGAUCUACAUUCUGAUAUAGCAAUAGUUAGGAUCAAAUCUAAAACUCCACUUCCAACAGCAAAACUUGGGAGCUCAAGUAAGCUUCGGCCUGGCGAUUGGGUGGUGGCUAUGGGCUGUCCCCUUACCCUCCAGAAUACCAUCACAGCAGGUAUUGUAAGUUGUGUUGACCGUAAAAGUAGUGACUUGGGUCUUGGAGGAAUGCAAAGGGAGUAUUUGCAGACUGAUUGUGCAAUAAAUCAGGGUAAUUCUGGUGGACCGCUUGUCAAUGUUGAUGGAGAAGUUGUAGGUGUAAAUAUAAUGAAAGUGUUGGGGGCUGAUGGGUUAAAUUUCGCCGUCCCGAUUGAUUCUGUUUCAAAAAUAGUAGAGCACUUCAAAAAGAAUGGGAGAGUUGUCCGACCUUGGCUUGGUUUGAAAAUGCUUGAUCUCAAUGACAUGAUUGUUGCACAUCUAAAGGAAAGAAAUGCUUCCUUUCCAGAUGUCAGCAGAGGAGUUCUUAUACCUAUGGUAUCACCAGGUUCCCCAGCUGAUCGUGCUGGAUUUCGUCCCGGAGAUGUUGUAGUUGAAUUUGGUGGGAGGCCUAUUGGAAGUAUUAAGGAGGUGAUCGAUAUUAUGGGGGAUAAAAUCGGAAAGCCUUUCAAGGCUGUAGUGAAAAGGGCAAACAACAUAACUGUGAAUUUGACUGUCAUUCCUGAAGAAGCAAAUCCAGAUAUGUGAAUCAGUGCUUCCUCUACUUCAUCUUCUCCUUUUACUUUAUGCCUUUAGCUCUUAGGUAUAAGGUAUGAGUCUGUGUUGAGGCGAAGGUUUUACCAACUAUGAAUACUUGCUGUGUAUGACUUGUGAACAAGUAAAGGUAUAGUUUAAUCUUUCUUUUUCU